CUCCCCCAAUUUCGACCCUAAUCGAGUCGGGAUAAGGUGACUUCGCGAGGUGUAGCAGCGCAUUGUAGUGAUCUAGUAUGAAGAUUUGGAGACGAUUGAAGGGCGCAGAUUCUGUUUGUCUUCUGUGCCAGAUUUGGGUGGUGGUUGUUUGGACUUCGUAGUAGAGUUGAUUAGUUCGAGCGUAUGCAAUUUGCAGUGUGACAGUAUACGCGGCUUGCAAUUUGCAGUCAGCCAAUCACAGAAGUUGCUUCUUCUGCUGAUGGCCAUUACAGUUAUUUAGGUUGUUUGGGUAGCUGCACUAACUUAGGGUUGAUUCAUCAGGAUCAUUGCAUUAUACGGUUACAUUUUAGAGGACAUUGAGCUCACAUGAUGCUGUUCAUUAUGUUAGACAAAUAAUACUCUUUUAGAGGAAAAAUGUGACUGUGUCCAACCGAUGCACUUCCCAACAUAUUGAGUGGUUGGGAUCACCUUGCAGGCAAAGUAUUUUGGCAUCCGUGCAAGUGGAACUUAUGCAGGAGUAUAUUGGUGAAUAAACCCACAUAAUAUUGUUGAAAAGUACUCAAUACAGUGGGCGUCGCUGGCCACAAAAUACCCAAGAGGAAUACAUGCAGAAGGGAAGUUUUCAGGUUGUUGUACACAACAAAAUGUCAAGAUAGGACCUGUUUUUGCCCUAAGACGACCAAUACUACAUAAAGUUUUAGAUUACGAGGAUGAAUUCUUUGCUUUGUUAAUGGCUGUCCUCGAGUCCCAUAGCUUGCGGACAACAGAUGGUUCUUUUUCAGAGUCAUUGUACGGUCUCAGGCGGAGACCUGUUAAGGUUUCAGUAAAGAGUAGUAGUUCUAGUGCAGAAUUCAGCGAUAAAGCCUAUGAUUCUGCUCUAAGGAAGCGCCAGAAAGUCCUUUCUGUUGUUUUCUUGGUUGUUUUGCCAUAUUUCAAGUCAAAGCUACAGUCCAUAUAUAACAAAGAAAGGGAGGCCAGGUUGCAGGCAAGCCUUUGGGGUCAGGGUGAUGUUAGAUUUGAUGAAGCUGGUGUUAUUUCAGAUCAAGGGGAGACUCCUCAAGCACAAGUUGAGGCUACAACUGGAGAAGUGUCAAAUGUGGCACGCAUUAAGAAGAAUUUUGCGGCAUUAAUAGGUGUUUGCUAUCCAUGGAUUCAUGCGACCAAUGAAGGUCUUUCAUUUGCUUACCAGCUGCUGUAUUUGCUGGAUGGUACUGCAUUUUAUAGUCCAGCACUGCAUGCGCUUGGGCUUCAUGUUUGUCGUGCUACAGGACAAGAGCUGAUGGAUUCAUCUUCUAGGAUAUCAAGAAUCAGAAGUCGUGAACUUGAAAGACUUCGUGGUCCUCCAUGGCUGAAGACCGUGCAAAGGGUGUUACUUAACUGUAUGUAUACUAGCCUAGACUAUGCACAAACUGGUUUGAUCGCUGCAGUUUUCUUUUUCAAGAUGAUGGAAUGGUGGUACCAAUCUGCUGAGGAACGAAUGUCUGCUCCAACUGUAUACCCCCCACCCCCUCCUCCACCGCUGCCAAAGGUUGCUAAAGAUGGACUUCCCUUGCCACCCGACAGGACACUGUGCCCCCUAUGCUGCCAGAAGCGCAAUAACCCUUCCGUUCUUUCUGUUUCUGGUUUUGUAUUCUGCUACAGUUGCAUUUUUAAGUCAGUCUCCCAGCAUAAAAGGUGCCCCAUUACAUUGAUGCCUGCCACAGUAGAACAAAUCAGGCGCCUCUUUCAUGAUUUGUAGUUUGAUUAGACAGAACACACUCUGCUUCCCAAAGAUCAGCCGAAGCCGGGUAUACAAAAAUCAUACUACGAAGCUAUCCAUUUUUGUUGAGAAGACCCCGAGGAACUCAGCCCGGUACCUCCUGACAUUCAAGGCAUGGUCAGAACAGAUGCUGUUGAUUCUUCGGUCCAUUAGGAAAUUCUUGCAACACUUCUUUUUUAUUUUGUUGAAAUUGGACGGCAAAACAUGCAAAGCUCGAGAUUUUGAUACUGACGUACAAUCAAUGUACUAAUUUACUUAUACGAGGUGAAUACAUCCACUGAGAGGUCCUAGCCCACCUGUUAAGCUAAUUUGAUGCCAUGUAAAGCCUAUAUUUUUACUUUCAUCUCCUUAAAGGAAAAUUGGUUGUAUUUCUGAAACUACCGUGUUAUGCUGUGAAGAUGAACUUAUAUAAUUCAUUAAAGCUCAACCAUGUUGAGGAUUAC